AUGCUCGAGAACACGAGGGGCAAACAACACGUCAUUAUCGCCUCGCCCUCGCAAGCUGACCCCGAUUACUACUUCCAUUGGACACGCGAUUCGGCCAUCACCAUCAGGACGCUCCUCAACGUAUUAGAAGACGAUAUCGAAAAUAGCAAGAACGAGACCAUCUUGAGCAUCGUGCAUAGCUACAUCGACACGGCGUAUCAUUUGCAACGCUUACCUAACCCGCUGGGCGACUUCCACGAUUUGAAAGGGUUAGGUGAGCCCAAGUUCCACGUGGACUUGACUGCGUUUGAUGCAGCCUGGGGCCGGCCGCAGCGGGAUGGGCCGGCGUUGCGUGCAAUCACCAUCCUCGCGUAUUUGAGCACCGAUAACCCGCAAGUUGACGUAGAUAAAGUCUACCGUGACGUAGUGAAGAAUGAUUUAGAGUACGUGGCGCGGUACUGGAAAUUGGAGGACGGGUUCGAUCUAUGGGAAGAGGUACAGGGUAGCCAUUUCUUCACCACGAUGGUGUCGCUUAAGGCCAUGGCUGUUGGUGCGCAAUGGGCUCAACAACACAACGACGUCGAGUUUGCUCAUUUGCUCACGUCUACAUUCACUGAAAUCAAGAAUAGUCUCAUUGACGAGGAAGCAAAGGGCGGGAUGGGGUUUGUUAGCGUGCAAGUCGACCAUAUCAUCGAGACGCCCAAAUUGUACCACGAGGGCGCGCGCGGCGGCUUGGACAUCGCCACCAUCCUCGCCGUCCUCUACACCCACAACCCCAUUCUCGAACAAGAUCACAACGACAAGUACAUCAUUCCAUUUAAUUUCACCGACGUGCGCGUGCUCAACUCGCUCGCUUCCAUCAUUGAAGACAUGGACCAACGAUACCCCGUCAACCACAACGCGGCGCUAGACACGGGUGUCGCCCUCGGCAGAUACCCCGAGGACGUCUACAACGGCAACGGGAAAACGUUGGGCAAUCCGUGGUUCUUGGCUACGGCGGCAGCGCUGGAGUUCAUCUAUCGCUUCCUCUACACCCUCAUCACCCACCAAUCGCCCCUCGAGAUAUCCCCCGUGAACCACCUUUUUUUCCAGCCAAUCACCGGAAUCAGCAUGGCCCAGGGAGACGAUGGGGUGAUGUAUGAAUAUGGCGCGGCGGAUUUCUGGGAUAUGGUGAAUAAGAUCUUCAAGUACGCGGACGGCUUCUUGCGGGUGGUCAAGUUGCACGAGGGCGGGGGCGGCCACAUGAGCGAGCAGAUGAAUCGGUAUAGUGGGUACAUGGAGGGCGCGCGCGACUUGACGUGGAGCUAUGGCGCGUUGUGGAACGCGGUGCGUUGGAGGAACAAGUUACUGGAUUUGAUCAAGCCUGGUCCUGAGAGCAAGUUGUGA